AUGUAUGGUCAUCUUAUUCAUCAUCAGUCAUCAUCUGGUCGCUGUGGUUUAUCAUUUGAAUAUUGUAUUGGGUUCAUGGGCAUUUCUCUCUCUGGGAUAUGCUUCCAAAAACCUUCUAUCAGGAAAAGGAGAAACCCAAAGGAGACUGCAGAUCUUACUAGCAUUCAGGAACUUAUUAGUGAUAUUGAUUGUAAUUGUCAUCCGGGUCUGAUGGACAUAGUUGGUCACUGCACAUAUAUUGGGAUGGCAGAUGGUGUUUUUGCUUUGCUUCAGCACAAUACUCACCUAUAUCUUGCAGAUGUAGUGAACUUGAGCAAAGAGCUCAUGUAUCAGCAAGUUCUGCGUCGGUUUGCUCAUUUUAAUGCAAUACAACUGAGUGAUGCAGCUCCCCUGCCACAAUUAAUAAUGCUGGCACUGAAAGACGAGGAUUUAGAUCUACAAGGCGAUGGAAAUGAUGGGUUGAAAGAAAGAAUUGCUGAAGUAACUUGA